AUCCACAGGAGAGGCUCCCACACCCCCUGGCCGUCUCCCUCCUUAUCUGCACCCCCAGUGGCGCAGCGGCACGAAGCCGCCGCAGGAGGGCGCGGAGGCAGGCGGUGCCUUUCCCCGCCCCGCCCGUCCCGUCCCGUCCCGUCCCGGCUCUGCGCGACUGCCGCCGGGAGAGCGACGCGCAGCAGGUGCCUGUGGGAGACAGAGGCAGCUGGCAUGGCACAGCCCAAUGCACCUCCACUCUAUGAUGACAGGAACCCCCUUUACCCCCCACCCUCAGGGGGGUACCCCCAGCCCCCCCAAUAUGCUGGAGGGUACCCACAGCCUGGGGGAUACCCUGCAUCAGGAGGGUAUGCCCAACCAGGGGGCUACCCAGCAGCAGGGGGGUAUGCACAUCCAGGGGGCUACCCAGCAGCGGGGGGGUACCCCCAGCCAGGAAUAGCCAUGCCCACCAUGCCAGUUCGGUUUGGUGAUGAUGGCAUUGGGGGUGGCUCCCCCUUCCAGUCGGCCGACUGGGAUGACAGGAAAGUCCGUCACGCCUUCAUCCGCAAGGUCUAUGCCAUCAUCUCACUGCAACUUCUGGUGACAGUGGGGAUCAUUGCUGUGUUCACCUUUGUCUCCCCUGUCCGCUCCUUCGUCCAGAGGAACGUGGCCAUCUACUAUGCCUCAUAUGCUGUAUUCCUGGUGACCUACCUGAUGCUGGCCUGCUGCCAGGGUCCCCGGAGACGCUUUCCCUGGAACAUCAUCUUGCUGAGCAUCUUUACACUGGCCAUGGGGCUGAUGACAGGGACAAUUGCCAGCAUGUACCGGACCAACGCUGUCCUGAUUGCCAUGCUCAUCACUGCCAUCGUGGCUAUUAUUGUCACCAUCUUCUGCUUCCAGACCAAGGUUGAUUUUACAUCGUGUCCAGGGCUCUUCUGUGUGCUAGGCAUCGUCGUCAUGGUGACUGGGAUUGUCACCGCCAUUGUCCUGUCCUUCAAAUAUGUCCCCUGGCUCCACAUGCUGUAUGCAGCCAUCGGCGCGAUCGCCUUCACCCUGUUCCUUGCCUACGACACCCAGCUCGUGCUGGGAAACAGGAAGAACACACUGAGCCCCGAGGAGUAUGUCUACGGUGCCCUCACCAUCUACACCGAUAUCAUCUACAUCUUCACCUUCAUCCUGCAGAUCGUGGGCAGGGAUUAGCACUGGGACCCCUCCGGUGCCCUUCCCACUGUCCCUCACUCCCACCUCCGGCCUCUGUACAGGAUAUGGCCCCUUAAGUGACUCCUAACACUUCAGCAUUUCUGAGGCUGCUAAGAAAAGGGCUUCCCUUGAUCACCUCGCCCCUGCCAAAGCCUCCAAGAGCAGUGGGGGAACUGGCUGCCAGAGUUUAGGCAGUGCCUGGCCUGGCCACCACUUGCCUAGCCCAUGACAGCAGUGCUGCACUGGAGGUGGAGCAACACAGUCCUGCCUGGGUACCAGGAACUUAUAGUGGCCACUGGGAUCAUGCUGGAGUUUCUCUGGCAGAGCCCACUUGGUAUCAUUCACUUUGUGCCUUAAACAUGUCUCUGGCUUUGUCUGCCUCCCGGAGCUGUGGCAGUGCCCAGCGUGGGCAGGGGCAGCUGGGAGCCCUGUGGCAGGACUAGUGGCAGAGCUUACGUUCCAGAGGCCCUGCAGCCUCUGUAAGAUGUGGUUAAAAUUGCACUUGCUAAAUAAAACACUUUAAUUUUCCAGACA